UCAGUUUCAGAAGGGACGCUUCAGACAGACUCUGCAUCGCUGCCGCGAGAAACCGCAAUUGUCAACGAACAGCAGCGUGCAAAUCAUCCUCAACAUUGGAAUCCUGUUACUGAUGGAAGUAUUGACAUAGGAAAAGGGGACGUCAUAGAAGAAGGGAAAGGUGUUCCAACACCGUAUAGUCCUUCAUCUUAUCUGGAGUCAUCAGGAGAAAACGCAUUAAAUGCUGGUCGAACAGACACCGAUGAUACUGGCACAUAUUCUAAUCAAAUGAAGACUGGUGCAUUGACGACAUCUACUUCGAAAUAUAUUGAUCUUCGUCCAAGCAAACCACAUCGAGAUGAUAAAAGUACUGUUUAUCCGUGCAAAGUUGAUUUGAUAAUUGCAAUCGAUUAUCAGCCGAAUAUCAAUGCUAAUCGCGAUCAGACUGCAAAAUUGGUUGCUAGAAUGAUCAAGAAUUGGACGAUAUCAGUGAAUAAAACUCGAAUUGCAAUCGUCUCCUAUGGACUUGAUGAUGGUGUUGGGAUUUAUACCGGNGCGCAAGCGCAGGAUGAACUCCUAUAUUCACUUGAGUCUGGUGGCUAUACUUUUGGCGUUAUCUACACUUUAAGUCGGUAA